AUGGGUCCGCGCACUUCUCGCGGGCUCGGCGCCUGGGCCUGGAUGGCGGUGCUGGCCCUCGGCAGGAGCACCGCUUACACCGACACCGAGGAGUUCCUCAGCGAUCUGGAUAAGCCAGGCGGAGGCCUACAGGAGUCAAGAGAUUCACUUCAAUUGGUUUUAAGCGGCCUGCAUCCAGAUAAGUACCGCAACCCUGGUCAUCACUCCAUCUGGGUGGUUAAUUGGUGUAGGUGGGUUGAAGGCAGGACAAAAAUAAGCUUCCAAUGGUCAUUUUGGCUGAAACUUGUU